AUGGUGUACGGAGAAUUUGUUCACAUUCUCGACUACUACUUUCGCCAGCUACGCGAAUAUUCUCGACAGGCUCAAAUCGAACGCCACGCGGAUCCUGAGAGAAGGCGAAGUAGUUGGUCACCGAGGCAAUGGUUCGGUGUAAAGCAUCCCCCAGAUGACGUUCUAAGACUUCCUAUCCAUUUCGAUGAUUGCCUCCCCUCUACCUCUUCCAAUCCCCCACCCUCCUCCUCUCAUAUUCAUAACUAUCCGGAUACCACUCUCUCUUCCUCCUCCGGUGCUCCAUCUAACUAUUUGAGCACUUCCACCUAUUCGGACCAUCGACGUUCGUUGUACAAAGUAGACGUCGAGAAGUACUGGGAGCAGUUGCUCCUGCAUAAACUUCUCCCGUCGCCAGCAGACCGUAAUAUGCUAACAAAGUCAAUAGUGAGUAGUAGUGGAGAUUCGGGAAUUUCUGGAGACUACGGUGGUGCUGGCAUGAUGCCUUAUAUCGAUGAUGACGAUGAUUUAACCCCUAUUAUUGUGGCACGACCCCCAAUUGGAUCUGGAUACUCGCAUGGAAGAAAUGGUUGGCACAGAUCGCCAAGGCAGUAUAUCACUAAUUGGUGGAGCGAUACACUUGUCAAGAAGCUCCACACCCUUGCCAAUCAGACAAUCGAACUAUUAUGGAGGUUCUUCGAAGUGCACAUCUCGAAAAUCGUAUUUAUCAUUAUUGGAUUUUUUAUCGCGUGUAAUAUUAAUGCAAUCUACAUUCCACUAGUUAUCCUCCUCUCGCUAGCAAUUUGUCUUCCAUCAGCAGCCGAUGGAAUCUUUUCCCUAUUCAUGUGUGCAUAUCUAUUCCUAGUGGCACUUAGCAAGAUGAUCUACCAGCUCGACGUGGUUCCCGAACUUUCGAAAAUCGACAGAGGAAUUGGUGCGGAAAACUGUACCUUUAGUAACAAAUCAAUGGCCGAUUGGUUUGGACUGAGAAAGGAGGGGCAUAGUGAACCGAUCUACAUGCUUUUCGGUGUCAUUUGCUCUAUUAUCGCGUUGGCAUUCCAAUCAAUCGUCGUCUACAGACAACGACAUCAUCGAACGGCAUUGGGACUUCCAGAAUCGCUACGUGGCAAAGUGUUUCCAGAUUUUUAUCCUCAACACUAUGAUCGAUCUUUGCGACAUGCUAUCAUGUUCCUAGUGGACUAUGGAUUCUAUAAAUUCGGGUUUGAGAUCACUCUCAUUGCAAUGUCAAUUGAUGUAUGGGUUAGAAUGGACGCACUGGCAGCUAUUCAGUGUGUAUGGAUAAUGUUAUUUGCGCUGAAUAAGAGAGUAUUCAACCGUCGAGUAUGGAUCUUCUAUGUGAUCUACAUGUCGAUUCUAUACCCUCUCCAGUUCAUUCUCUACGUUGGAUUGCCACCAGACAGUUGUAUCGAGUAUCCAUGGUACAAUUGGCUCUCAUCGUAUCCAGAAGCUGUUAAUCAUAAUCUUUUAAUCAUUCUGAAUCUGCCAAUUUACGGAGAAAAAUGGAGAGAGGCAUUACUCGUCUGGGACUUUUUCCUUCUUCUUUUGGCAUCUUGCCAAUUGGCAGUGUUCCGAAAAGAAGGAGAGGACAAUGAGUCGAUUUAUUCCGAUGGUCACUUUGUUAUCAAGCAUGAGAACCCACAUCACGACUUCAUAGAUACGAAGAAGAGCUACGUAGACUACUUCAAAUCGUUCAUUUUCCAUUAUGGACACUGGAUUACUUUGAUGGCUACGCUGGCUGCUGGAAUCGCUGGAACAUCACUAUUCGCUCUUGGAUAUAUCAUUUUCACACUGACAAUGCUGUGGUCCGGAAACAAUUUGUAUGUGAUGAAUGCGCGGUUACGGUCGUUCGAACAGACUUUGAAACGAUGGAAUAUUCUUCUCGGAUACAAUCUCCUAACGAUUCUUUUGAAAGUUUGCGUUCAGAUAUUGGGCUGUGUGUUUUUGCAAUGGUUCAACAAAACCGGUGCUGCUGGAAAAACACUCUGCAUUCUUCGUCAACUAUUCAGCGUUUCGUGUGUAGUCGAGAAAUGUACACUUAUCCCAGGUCUUGAUGAUUUUUCAAAGCAAUGCGAGGUGGAUCAAAAAGAAUCAAAGAUUGGAUACGAUAUCAUUGCGUUGGCAUUCAUUAUAUUCCAGAUUCGAAUUUUGCACUCAUGGUACUUCCAACACUGUAUGGUCGAAUAUCGAAGUGAACCAAUAGGUGAAGGAGCCGUUCUCAAAAAUCAACUCAUCGAAAAGGAGAUGAAAGAGCAAAACGAGCAGCAGAAGGCGAAAUUUAUUGAUAUCCAGAGAAGGACCGAGGCGAUUCGUGAGAGAAGAAGUUUGAAAAUCUGUUUUCAAGAUACCAAAAGCAAAUCGAACGUGGAUCGGCUGAACGAGAUUUUGAACCGAAAACUUAUGGACAAAGCUUCUUACUUCUAUUUUCAGAUUUUCAUUUCAAUUAUCCUAAUUCUAGUCCGAAUCCUUACCCAUUUUUGUCUGUCUUCAUUCUACUUUGGGGCUCACUUUUUCAUGUCUUUCAUACUCUCUUCUACAUUCUCCACAGAAUCUAUACGUCUCGACGAGGACGAUCCGUUUCCUUACUAUGAUUUGCGUUUACAAGAAUCAUCUGAUACGGGUUGGUUUGUUUCUCCCAGGGAGCUCCGAAAAACGCUUUGCUGCCGAUUUUCCCCUUUGUCGCUGCUCAUCUUAUUCUCCCAGUUGUCUAUUGUUGAGUUCUCUAAAAAUAAUAACUCAAGUUUUCCUUCGCUGCUUUUUUCUCUCAUCAUUUUCACUAAACGUGCCGGCGACUAUUACAUGUUCAAGUAUGACCCGGAGAAUGAUGACCUUGUGGAACCAGUGGAUAGUUUUGUACCCGAAAUGGAUCCCAAGGCAACAGCUUAUGAUAGAUUGGAUCCUGGACAGAUAAUGUAUGCUGCCACUGCUCACGACCUGGAUCUAGCUAAGACGGUACAACAAGUGAAAAAGGGAGACACAAUCAAGGAUGCUGAUGACCGUGCCCUAACUGCAGUAUCUGAACCAGAGCAACGAAAGAAAGGAGGAACAGAUCAACCAGAUGGAGACAACAAGCAAGACGAUGAGGAUAACAAGGAUUCGAAGGUGGAAUCCACUGCAAAAUUCGUUCAGAAAAUGAUAGCAUCUGCAUUGGAUUUGUGUAGUGUGACUCUCAACAAACUGUGCCGCGAACAUCGUUACGUUGGUUUUGUGCUGAGCAAGGAGAAGCAGAAAUUGAAGGCUGGACACUCGGAAUCGCUCUCGAACACGUCUAGAAAACUCACUGAAAUAAGAACGGAUGUCGAUCUUCCAAGUCUACAACUGGUACAUUCUGAAAAUGAUGUUGAGAAAAUGGAGAAUGCGGUUAGCAUCGACUGGCAGCAGAAAUCAUCAGCCACCCGACUACUGAACGCUGUUGUCAACUGUAUUGGAGCCCAUACUGAUAUUCUUUGCUACUUCUGUGCAAUUAUGACACAGGCGGUCACUGGUGGCCUCAUCACUAUGCCUCUUCCCCUGAUGUCUUUGUUUUGGGGAAAUCUAUCGAAUCCACGGCCAUCGAAAUUCUUCUGGGUCACGAUGAUCACCUACACUGAGAUUGUUAUCGUUGCCAAAUUCAUCUGCCAAUUCCAAUUCAUGCCAUUCAAUUCGUCAACAUGGGUUACGGAACAUCAAAUGAAUCCAAUGUCAAUGGAGAAACUAUUCGGAGUAUCUCAAAAAACCAACUUCGCUGUGUGGGAUAUCAUAUUGUUAUUCUCCCUUUUCUUCCAUCGUUAUAUGCUCAGAAAGUUGGGCUUGUGGAAGGAUGCGAAUCUGACAGAGACGUUUGCCAAGGAUGAUACAACUGAGUCGAGAUCGCCCGCAGGAUCCGAUGCUGGAACUCCGAGAAAGAAGAAGGCAGAGCCGAAGGUGGUGGUGACUCAAGCAGAUCCACAGGAGGGAACCAGUGGAGGAGAGAUUGUGAUACCAUCCGACCCGGACGCUGUUGUCUUGGAAGAAAUCGUUGACAAUAUGGAAGGUAGUCCACCAGAAGCACCACGUGGACCAAUCGGAAGAUUCAUCCACCAACUGUUCCAUCCGAAAUUCCGUUACAUCCGUGACUUGUACCCCAUUAUGUUCGCAAUUGAUGUCGUAUGCUUCCUGAUCAUGACAUUCGGAUACUCAUCAUUCGGAGAAGGAGGAUCUGGAAAUGUUCUUGAUGACGUCAAAGCAUCCAGAAUUCCAGUCACUUUAGUUGUUAUGCUCGUUGGAAUGACUCUCGCCAUCAUUGUGGAUCGUGCCCUCUAUCUUCGAAAAUCAGUUGUCGGAAAAUUGAUUUAUCAAUUCUUCAUGAUCGCUUUCCUUCACAUCUGGAUCUUCCUAGUUCUUCCGAAUAUGACCCGUCGAUCUGCAGUCGCUAACAAAGUUGCUCAGGCAUUGUAUGUCAUCAAGUCUUGCUAUUUCUUGGUAUCCGCUUGGCAAAUCCGAAAUGGUUACCCAGAAUUGUGCAUCGGAAAUCUCCUGACCCAUUCUUACGGAAUGACCAAUAUGAUUGCAUUCAAAGUAUUCAUGAACAUUCCAUUCCUAUUCGAACUUCGUACAGCAAUCGAUUGGACAUGGACAGACACCUCAAUGCCACUUUUCGAUUUCUUCAACAUGGAAAACUUCUACGCUCACAUCUUCAACAUCAAAUGUGCUCGUCAAUUCGAAGCCGCCUAUCCGGCGCCACGUGGAAUAGCCAAAGGAAAACUGGUGAAAUAUAUGAUGGGAUUCCCAAUUAUCAUUGGAGUCGUUGUCUUUAUAUUCUCGCCACUUCUUCUAUGGUCUCUUCUCAACCAAAUUGGAACGAUCAGUAUGCCAGAGAAGGUUAAUUUGAAGAUUUCCAUCGAAGGAUACCCACCACUUUACGAAAUGGAAGCACAGGGAAGAAAUCAUGAUAACAAGGAGCUCUCGUUGAUAACACCUGGCCAGUUGGGUGAAAUGAAUAAUGCAUUGACGACGAUGUAUAAGCCAACAGAAGAUGAUUCAGUUACAAGAUCCAGGCAAUCGGUUUCAUAUUUGAAAGGAUACACUUUCGAGGAUAUUCUCAUUGUCAGAUUCCGUCCGGAAUCUGAAAUCUACUGGCCGAUUUCGCAGGAUUCAAGAGAUGCUAUGAUUGACAAAUUGAAUUCCACCUCCACCUCUGUCAACUUCGAAGUGUCCCUCGAAUUCACUCGUCCCUACGAUCCAAACGAGAAUACGGCCCUAAAACAUUCCAAAUCAUGGCUUGUCCCAAUCGAUCAAGAUGAUAAAGUUCGUUCCGAAAUUCGAGCAGCGCUCAGAGGAGAACCAGGCCACCCGAUUCUGAUUCGUGCUUCUAUGCCAGCAUUCAUCCAAGUGCCGAAUCAAGGAGAAUUGAUUCUUCCAACAUCAAUCGGAACUUCAAUCACCAGGGAUGGAAAAGUCACAGUGAAUACAACGGGAAUGACACCAACUCAAGUUUCACAAGCAUGGUUUGAUACAUUGACACUGAAAUUGGAGCAAGGAAAUGGGAUGAAUGAGAAGAUCUGGAUAGCGUCGUCAGAGCAUCCAGUACCAUCUGACGUCUGGAUUCCAAGUGAAAAUACAACAUACUCAAAACGGCCGUACCUUCAAACCGUUGGAUUCAUCGACAGAGCAUUCCCAUCUCUACUGGCGAAGGUGUUCAAAGGAGGAGUCAUUGCAGUGUAUCUUUCUGUCAUUCUGGUCGUCGGAAGAGGUAUCGUACGUGGUGUAUUCACAACGUCUCCAAGUACGGUAAUGUUCACGGAACUGCCGAAUGCAGAUCAUCUUCUCAAGAUUUGCCUCGAUAUUUAUUUAGUGCGAGAAGCCAAGGAUUUCAUGUUGGAACAGGAUCUCUUCGCCAAACUGAUCUUCCUGUUCCGAUCGCCAGCGACACUCAUCGAAUGGACACGAAUGAGCAAGAAGAAACAAGAAUAG